GUCUCUGCUGCCCCUCAGAAGUAUUCAACAUUAAUUAAAAUGUCUUCCACCAAACCUCCAAAUGAAAAUGAAACACCCAAAGAGAGAAAACCAGGACUGAGGAAUGUUCAAACAACUAUGCUCUUCCGAGCUGUGAAUCCAGAGCUUUUCAUUAAACCUAACAAACCUGUGAUGGCAUUUGGACUCAUAGCAAUUACCCUCUGUGUGGCCUACCUUGGUUAUUUGCAUGCAACAGUAGAGAAUAAAAAGGACCUCUAUGAAGCAAUCGACAGUGAGGGGUCCAGGUAUAUGAGGAGGAAAACUUCCAAGUGGGACUGAGAACAUAAGGAAGGAAAUCAGCAAAUCAGUCACAGAACUUUUCAAGGCAACUACUGUUUUUUUCUCUGUCCAUUGAAAUAAUGGAUGUCUGUCUUGCUAUAUAAUCCAAUUUAAGUUCCUUUAUGAAACGCCAUGCCUGUACAAAUAAAUUGCAAUUAAGAUACAUGCGAACAUAAAAGUGAUUUUAAGAACUGUUGUCUGCGAUCUCCAUAGUAUGUCAGAAGAUGUGAAAUUACCUCGGAUGUGCAGUCAAGACUGGUAAAUGCCUUAGAAAUUUACAUGAUGGUUCAGCUCACUUCUCUCUUUGCUUUGAUUAAGUGAAAACAGGUUUUUCUUUUAUUUUUUAAACAGAAAGCAUAACGUAUUGUGUGUGAAAAGAACAAGUUGAUCUCUUGAUCUGUUGAAAGUUGAUAAUUAACAGUGGUGCGAGUAAAAUAAUUUUAAGGCAAGAAAGAUCUGAUAAAGCAGUCAUUGAAGGGUUUUAUUUAAUAAAGGAAUUUGUAAAAU